UAAAGUAAUCAUAUGACUUUCGUCACGACGAUCUACUGCGCUUAUUGAUUUGUGUCUUGGUCUUGAUUCUCGCUCGACAUAGUUUUUGUGUGUAUCAGAAAUGGCGAGUCAGACACAGGGAAUCCAACAACUGUUGGCGGCUGAAAAGCGUGCUGCCGAAAAGGUUUCAGAGGCCAGGAAGCGGAAAGCAAAACGCCUAAAGCAGGCUAAGGAGGAGGCCCAAGAUGAGGUGGAAAAGUACAGACAGGAGCGUGAGAGGCAGUUCAAAGAGUUCGAGGCCAAGCACAUGGGCACCCGGGAAGGUGUUGCCGCCAAGAUCGAAGCUGAGACCAAGAUCAAGAUCGACGAGAUGAACAAAAUGGUGAAGGCACAGCAAGAGGCCGUGAUCAAGGAUAUCCUCAACCUGGUGUACGACAUCAAGCCAGAACUGCACACCAACUACCGCAUCCUCUAAGCGCAUUAAUUUAUAUAAAACCUGUUUGUCGCGUAUUAAACACUUUGCGAUCACCUAGUUGUUAUCUUUAUGGUAUUUCUUUUUAAUCAUAGGUCAUAGGCACACGGCAGAAGUACACAAGCUGUCACACUCGAUGACAAUCGAUUAUAAUCGAUUCGAAUCGAUUGUGAAUUUUACAUCGAUUUUAACGGUAUAAAAGCAGCCGAUUACGAUUCUGAAACAUCGGACUGCGCCACUCCAUUCAAGCAAUGAAUGCAGUGAUUAAAUCACGCGGGUCUGUCCGUUAGCUGUAAAUACAAGUGUCGCUUGGUUUCGCCCUAUUUAUGAAAUAAUCAGUCAAUAUUCUACGUGUUAAGAGAUCAGCUCGGUAUCAUUCCAAAAUACGUUCGAAGGUCCGAUUGUAAUGAACACAAAAAAAUUAUAUCUAUAAUCUUAAAAUUGUAUGUUAUUCAAUGUUGUAUGUUGAAUAGAAAAUAUUAAAAGUUUUAAAAAUUUAUCCUAAUGGUCUUUUCUUGAAUAGUUGAGCGAGUAAAGUGGGUGUACAGUAUUAGUGAAAAUAUAUAUGUGAACGUUGUCUA